AUGAAAAGGGAGAUCCCUGACAAGCUGAUAGACGAGACCAGCGUCACGAACCUGUAUCCAGUCACCAAAGGCAUUGGCAUGCUGGCGACAGGCCUCACAGCCGACGCGAGAUCGUUGGUGCUGAGGGCCCGCCACGAGGCGGCGGAGUUCCGGUUCAAGCUGGGAUAUGACGUGCCUGUGGACUACCUGGCUAGAAGAUUGGCGGACAUGGCUCAGGUGUACACGCAGCAGGCAUACAUGCGACCUCUGGGCGUGGCCACCAUGCUGAUCGGCAUUGACGAUGAGUUUGGCCCCAUGCUGUACAAGUGUGAUCCAGCUGGCUACUACGUCGGUUACAAGGCCACAGGGGCAGGAGCCAAGGAGCAGGAGGCGAUAAACUUUCUGGAGAAGAAGCUAAAGGACGGGAAGCACCAGAACCUGACAGCAGAUGAGGCAGUGCAGUUGGCCAUUUCAGCGCUGCAAGGUGUGCUGUCAGAAGACAUGAAGGCGACCGAGAUCGAG